CUACCUAAAGCCACCACCCCUCUUCUCUCUCUCUCUUUCUCUCUCUCUCGCUCGCUCGCAGACCUCAAAACCCUCCUCCUCCCUCUUCCUCCUCCUCCUCCUCCUCCGAUGGAUGACGACGACGAGUUCGGAGAUCUCUACACCGACGUCCUCAAGCCCUUCGCCUCCUCCUCCUCCUCCUCCUCCGCCGCCGCCGCCCCCGCCCCGCAGCCGCCUCCCCUGACCUCCCCCGAACCCCCCGCCGCCGCCCCCCCUCCUCCUCCUCCUCCUCGCCGCCCCCCCAUCGAUCUCAACCUCAAAACCUCCGUCCCCGCCGGCGCGGGCGAUGGCGCCGAGGAGGAGGAGGAGGACGACGACGAUGGCGCGACCCUUUUCGGAGCUCGGCGUCGCGGCGAUCCGCCUCCCCCUAGUAGAGCCCUGUCCCUCAGCCUCAAUUCCGUCAAGAACGAAUCGGCUGGGAGCGGCGAUGCGGAUUUGCCGGCUAGGGUUUUGGAUCCCCCUCCGGGCGAGAAAUCGGACGCCCGGAGAGGAGCGGGAGGAGGGAGCGGGAGCAGGGAUUUGGAUUCGAUGGAUGCGGACGUGAAGUUCGAUAUCGAGGAGAACAACGAGCACGGGAUGGAGGACCCGGUGAUUCCCGGGCUGUCGGGGCCGCGGGAGCCGAGCGGAGCUCGGGAUGGCAACGGGGGCGAUGAUUGGGACAGCGACAGCGAGGAUGAUUUGCAGAUAGUGUUGAACGAUAACACGGCUCAUCACGGCCCCAUGGGUGCCAUUGGCGAUGCUGGCGGGGAGGACGAUGACGACGAAGACGGGGAUCCGCUCGUGAUCGUGGCCGAUGGAGACCCGAACCAGCCGCUGGUCGAGCAGGAAUGGGGCGAAGACACGGCGGAGGCAGGGCCCGAUGGAGAGAGGAAGGAAGGUGGCGGAAGCGGCGAGCUCGCGAAGGCGAAUGGAGGAGUGGGAGUGGCGCCCAAAAUUGGGUACAGCAAUCUGGGUUAUCAUCCAUUUCAUUCUCAGUUUAAGUAUGUCAGGCCCGGUGCUUCACCUAUGCCUGGAUCAAGUGUUGCUGCUCCAAUUGGAGCACCAGGUCAAGUUCGUCCACCUGUUGCCAUGGGCCCUUUAGCUGGUCGUGGUAGAGGUGACUGGCGACUUGCAGGGAUGAAAAAUGCUUCGUCUUUGCAGAAAAAUUAUCACCCAGGAACGACUCCCUGGGGCUCUGGACGAGGUUAUGGGGGUGGACUGGAAUUUUCACUUCCAUCACACAAGACUAUUUUUGAGGUUGAUAUUGAUAGUUUCGAGGAAAAACCAUGGAGAUACCCUGGUGUUGAUAGUACAGACUUUUUCAACUUUAGUCUGAAUGAGGAGAGCUGGAAGGAAUAUUGCAAGCAGCUGGAGACUUUGCGACUUGAAUCUACCAUGCAAAGCAAAAUUCAUGUUUAUGAGAGUGGUCGAAAAAAGCAGGAGUUUGAUCCCGAUUUACCUCCAGAACUAGCAGCAGCAUCAGGAAUUCAUGAUAUUACAGCUGAAAAUAUGACUAAUGGGAAGUUGGAUGCUGGACAAAGUGGUAGUAAAGCAUCUGCUCAUGUGCGGCCAUCAUUACCAACUGGGCGAGCAAUUCAGGUCGAAAGUGGUUACGGUGAACGCCUUCCAUCCAUAGAUACCCGACCUCCACGAAUUCGUGAUUCUGAUGCAAUUAUUGAGAUUGUCUGCCAGGAUUCUGUUGAUGAUGAUUCCUCUACUGAAAAUGGGCCUACAGACAGAGUGGAUAAUAAUGAUCCUACAAAUGAGGAUCUUAGAGGAGUAGAAAAGGCAGAGGACCGUGUUGCUCGGGAAGAAGCUGAUUAUUUUGACCGUUACUCUGAAACUUAUAGCGACCAAAAUAGAGAGGUGGUCGGAAAAGCUCAGAUCGUUGAAUCUGGUCAGGAUGAUCUUCCUGGAGGAGAAGAAAGUUCACCCUUAGGUUGCGAAGGAUCAGUUCAACAUCAUCCAUCCUCUAGUGAACAGACUUCUGGAUAUCCCAAUAGGAAGGCUGCUAUCACUCAUAAUGAGCGGCAUAUGGAAGGUAGAGCACGUGACCAGUCCCCAAAUAUGUCUCCUUAUCACAGUACAGAGGAUAAAAAGGCUACUGAAGAUCAAGGGGCACAGAUGGUUGAUAGUGUGGAGAGUGAAGAGACUCUUCAUGUGUCCAGCAUGGAUCACAAAGAUGCACUUGCUGGUAAGUCUUUGCCCGGUGACAGAAGCUCUGAGCUGGAGAGAAAUGAAGUACCUUCAGAUGCAAGCAAGGCUGGUGAAAAGUUGCUUCAUCCUAGAAAGAAAGACAAGUUUAAUUCUAGGGGUGAGCAAGUUGUUCUCAAUGAAUUUGAUGAGGGGGAGGAUUCUAGAGCUGCAAGAAGUAGUGAAAACAGCAAAGCAAGAUCAGGAAGCAGCAGAGAUAGUCAGAAGUGGCGUGAUGGUACAGAGGAGGAAGUUGUGCAAGUUGGUCUUCCCACCCAUAUGGGAGGUUCAAGGAGGCACCUUGAUGAAAAUGAACAAAAGUUUCGAAGAAAAGAUCAUGAUAGGAGACAAGAAACGGAAAGAGGCCGAACAGUUGUUAAAGAUAAAGUGGAUCCUUAUAGAGAUAGGGAUCCUAGUUUGGUUCAUAAUUUGCCCGCGAAGUCUGAUAAUUUUGAUAGGCGAAAGGAGAGGGAGUACUCUGAUGGAGCAAGGAGACUGAGAGAUGAUGAGCCUAGUUCCAGAAGGCUCAGACUCGAAGAUUCAAGGAAGAGGGAGCGUAGUGAUGAAAUAGGCUCCAGACACAGGAGCAGAGGUCGAGAAACUGAGAGGAAUGACAAAGAGGAUUAUCACUCGUCCAAAAAACAGCUGGACAAUGGCAUUUACAAAGUUAACUAUGACAAGGAAGUAGCUUUACGAGGCAGGGAAAGAGAUGAUUCUUUAAGGAGCAGAUAUGAAGUCGCAGAUGAAUACCGUAGCAAGAGGAAAAAGGCAGAUGAAUAUUUUCCACGAGAGCGAGACCACAUUGACAAAGAAGAGAUCCUGCGUGAUCAAAGAGAUAGUUCUGGUCGUCGAAAGCGAGACAGGGAUGACAUUAAUGAUCAGAGGCAGAGAGAGGACCAGUCUAGAGUUAGAGAUAGUAUGGAUGACCACCACUCUUCUAGACAUAAGGAUGAGAGCUGGUCGCAGAGGGAAAAGAUUGAGAAGCAGAGGGAUAGAGAAGAAUGGCCUAAAGCCAAGCAAGUUCAUGAAGAGAAUCGUUUAAAAAGGGAAAGAGAAGAAGAAAGGGCUGCUAUAAGGGGUGGACGUGGAGGAGAGGAGAAAGCAUGGGCUGGCCAAGAUAGGCCGAAGGAUGAUCAUAGGGCUUCGGGUAGAGAUUACCAGUUUAAGGACACAGCUCGACAGAAUGAACAUGCUAAGAGGAGGGAACAUCAAGAAGAUGAAAGUUUCUUGCAGUAUCGUGGUCAUGAGGAGGUCCCUGCACGCAGUAAUCAGAUCAAGAAUGAAGAAAGAAGAUCCAGAUUUGAGAAAUCAAGCACCCGUAGUGAUAAACCUGCUAGUGUCUCAGAUAAUCAAAGGAUGCAUGAGAAAAAACACAGCCAUAGGAAGAACAAGGAACCUGAGGGAGGCGAUCAUCAUACUUCCAAGAGAAAUCAGGACGAUCAUGUUAGUCAAAUGGGCUCUAAGGGUUUGGCUGAGCAGGGAACUGCUGAUCCUGGAACCAUGCAACAGUUUCAUUCUUCAAGAGAAAUGAGAGAAGAUAUGUCGUCGGAGGAUGAGCAAUCAGAAUCCAGAAGAGGACGCUCCAAGUUGGAACGCUGGACAAGCCAUACAGAGAGGGAUUACAGUAUCAAUAGCAAGUCAUCGUCUUCCUUGAGAUUUAAAGAGGUUGGAAGGAGCAACAACAAUAUUGUAUCUUCUGAGGCCAGCAAACUUCCUGAAUCUGUUAAGAGGUCUGAGGAAGUUGACAAGCACCAUUUCUUGGCUGAGGAUAACGAUUUGGGUGAUGUGGAGAAAAAGGAUGCUGAUACAAAGCCGUUAAAUGAUCGUCAUUUAGAUACAGUGGAGAAGUUGAAGAAGCGCAGUGAGCGAUUCAAGCUUCCUAUGCCCAUUGAAAAAGAAGCCUCGUCAAUAAAGAAGAUGGAGAGUGAAGCGAUAGUCUCCACCAAAGGCGAGACACCUGUGGAUCCAGAGAUCAAGCAAGAGCGCCCAGCUCGCAAGAGGAGGUGGACCAGUAACUAAAUAUGUUAAGAGAGAGAUUCUGCAUAUUUAUGCGUACUGCCUUUCUUGUAGCGGGGGAAGUUCUGCUUCGCCUGAUUCUUUGUUAUAAGACCCUGAAGGUCAUAGCAUCCCUUGCAGCAGCAAAUUGGCUUCUCCAUGACUUCUGGGGUACCUAUGCUUUAUUUAUGUACUCUUGUAAUCAUGCAGCCAUCAUAUACAUUUAGUUUGUUGUAUAUACAGAAAAUGUAGCAUUGAAACUAUAUAUGAUGGUGGCGUGUAAUUGCUCUGCUUCUAGAAGCAUCUUGCGUCUCUUAUUGCGGAUUGCGAGUAUAUUGCGGGGCUCAUUUGCAAUGCCUCGUGGUACCCCAUAUGGAGCUGGACGCAGCCGGCGCUGGGCACUGGUUACGUUGGAGGCAAGAAACUGACUUAUUGGUGGCUUCUGGAAAAUGUGUUGUCUUGGAGCAACUGGAGGCAAUGAAGCUGUCUGGCGGCAAAAACAGAUCAAAGUAGAAUCGUCGCAUCGCACCAGCAGGGGAGUAGACGAUUCGUGCAGAUGGAUGUCGGCCAAUAAUACACUUUUUUUACUAGAGUUCAUGUAUCGUUACGAGCAUAUUAAACAUUUUCCCUUCCCUUUUUUGAGUUUUCUAGGAUUGCGAAAGAAAUGAAUUUUGAGAAGUGAGAUUGACAAGUUUAUUGUCAGAAGA